AUUCACAGAUGCGUUGUUGGUAGUGUGCUCGGAGCAAAAGCCAGAUCACACCAAAAACCUACCAAGCAAAAAGGUCGCUGAUGGACAAUGCAAUAAGAGGAUUUACAAAUUGGGCAGAGGAGAAAGAUCUGCCUCCGCCACCCGCUCUUUCAUCUUUGAUGUAUCGCUAACGACAUCGAAAAGAGGGAUGUUGCAUUCCUUGCGAGAUGGUUGCCAGGGGUGAUGCGAACUGGCUUGUCGUAAAGGACACAAAUUUACCAAAGUGCUGGUGACAUUCAAUAUUUCUUUGGUAAGCGGUUAGGGGAUGCACCAUUAAUCCGAGUGAACUCCAAAUGCACCUGUGCAUUUAAGAGUCGCGUACAGUCGGAGAAGGGGACAUUGACGGUACCCGGGGAAUGAACUCGGCGGUGUGUUCAAAAGAUUACCCCAUCGUCGAGGCACUGGUUGUGAAACCCGAGCCUGAUGCUUCGAGGAAGAGGAAAGAGGAAGAAAAAACGUGUGGAGUCGAUCUGAGAGAACAAUCGUGGGAUAUCCCCCAUUGUCUGGGGUAGUUGAUGCAAGGCGGGCUGGUCCUCUCGAUUGGAGCGGAGUCCCCACCAGAGAAGUGCGAGGGAGGGAAAAAAAAUUAAUUACCUCAUGCGUCGGAAUGCCAGCAGUCUGAGGACUUUAUUGACUCAUUCUGAGGACUAGAUUGAACCAUUCAGGGUGAUUCUAUUUGAUUUGUAGAAGAGAGUGUUAGUAGGGGAGAGACCCUGUCGGAUACCAAUCGCAUGACUCAUAGCAUAAGGAGGAUAUACACAUACAUGUGGAUAUAACAAAAUAGUUUUGACAUUUCCAAAGGAUCAUCAUAUUCUUGGAAUAUAUGUAUAUGUUGCAUGUUUUGGGGCACGUAAGGCGAGAAUUUAUUGUGUGAUGACUGAUCCUUAUGCAUCAGCUUGCCUGCCGGAAUCAUAUCUCUGGAAUGCAGGCCUACUUGUGGCGCUAUUUUGGAUGUCGGAGAAGACAUUAAUGGCUAAACAUCGUGUCCAAUUACUGUUAGGAUUAUUCGGGGGUACUGUUCUGAUUUGAUUCCAGUAUGUGCAGAGUCACUAUCUACAUCUGUGACUACACUCAAUUUCAAAUUGACAACUGAAGUCUCGAGCAUUGGUCUUUUUUUUAUGUCAACAUUCUCCUUUCAAUUUAGAAAGGUCUAUGAUUUGUGUUUGGAGAUCAAAUUUGAUCUAAGGAAGGUGUGAUCUAUUGUUUGUUUAGACUAGCUUGUGUCCCGGAAAAUGAUAUUGCAGGAUCUUCUCAACCAACAGAAAAGGAAACAUUUGUGCUUGGCGUGACUCAGUGAGAAUAUCCGUCAUGAUUCGUCGAAGAUAUCAAUUAAUCGUGAAACGAAAUAUUCUCAAGUGAUUUUGAUGAUACCAUUACCUUCAUUGAGGAUGUGUACAUACUCUUUUCUACAUGGGUUUAGUAUACUUAGCAUCUUUUGACUUUUGAUAUAUCCAUUUAGAAUUUCGUUUGUAAUUCUCUUGAAACGGGAGGUUAUUGUGAAUAUAAUGCCGAAAUGUCACCCGACCCUCAAACCUGCCAGCUACAAACUCGUUGCUUCGCGUGUCAUGGUCUACUCGAGCGUGCACGUGGACCAGAGGCAUGUCCGUGCCGUCCACAACUGUUUUCUCGGCUGCCCAUUCAGCCCAGAGUUUGCCCGCGAAUGCGAGACGAAAACCAAAGACCCACGGCCGUCGAAGUUCAAUGUGCAGGAGCGUGUGCUCGCCGAGGCGCCCUUCAUAUGUCGCGCCAUCCACUACGGGUUCUGUACCGUUGUCGCGCUACCUCCAGGCAUUGUCCCACGAGGUGACGAAGACAUCACAGAGAAGCGAAAGAGCGAUGAACUCCUCCCAACAUGGCGAAGGGACAAACCAAAGACAGAGGACAGGAAUUUCCCAGACUUGGCCCUUAAAGCAGAGCCGGCCAAGGCUGAGGUCAAGGUCGUUAAGGAGGUCCCCCUCAGCAAUAAUCUACCAGACCUUGUUACGUGUAAUGACUUAUCUGAAAUAGAGCGAAAAAAGACAACAUCCACCGAUCUUGCCAAUAAUAAUGUUGUUCAUAUUGAUGCACCACCUAAAAAACUUGUGAAUAUUAGCGAGUCAACGAGGGCAAAAGCCGAUCUUCAUCAUUCUCAGGAUCUUGCUAAGCCAAAACCAAAGUUGUUUCAAGAGCAGAGGGAAGCCAACAAACAUCAGAAGACCCAGCAGAUUGUCAACGUGCCUCAGUUCUAUUUUCCCUUCGGCAAGCCUGGAGACAAGGAGGAGAACGAAGCCGUGCUCCAGCGACUGACUGAAAUCUUCAAAUCACUGCCAGAUCAAAAGGCUAGCAAAGAAGACAUGGACAAAGUCACUCAGGCCUGUAGAUGUCCCAAGUACUGGAGGGUACCCCUCUACAACGCAGCAGGCGGUGAGACGACGGAGUGUGUGUCAGCUCAAGCUUUCAUGGCAAUGUGGAGAAGAAUAACAAAACAAUGUCACGAUGAUGCCUCCCGCUUCUUCAGGUUGCUGUCCAGACCGGGUGCGAACCAUCUUUUACCAGAAGACUUUAACCCUAUAGUUCAGGAUAUAGUUGAUUCUCAUCCUGGUUUAACAUUCUUACAGGAUGCCCCCGAAUUUCACUCCAGAUAUAUAACAACAGUUGUAUCAAGAAUAUUCUACACCAUCAACAGAUCAUGGACGGGGAGAAUAACAUUACCAGAACUCAGAAGGAGUAAUCUACUUUCGGUCAUUGCACUAUUAGAGGAAGAAGAUGACAUCAACCAGAUCACAGAUUUCUUCUCCUACGAGCAUUUCUACGUCAUCUACUGUAAGUUCUGGGAGCUCGACACGGACCAUGAUCUUUACAUCGACAAGAAAGAUCUGGCACGACAUCAAGAUCAUGCCAUUUCUUCUCGAAUGAUUGACAGAAUAUUUUCUCCUGGAACAGUUCUCAGCCCUGCAUCCAUCAGAGAAGGUCGGAUGAGCUACAAUGAAUUUGUUUCUUUUCUUUUAUCGGAGGAAGACAAAAAACAACCAAUCAGUAUAGAGUACUGGUUCCGAUGCAUGGACCUGGAUGGGGAUGGCCUUCUCUCAAUGUUUGAGCUGGAGUUCUUCUACGAGGAGCAACUGAACAAGAUGGAGAGCCUUGGUAUCGAGACCCUGCCGUUUGAAGACUGUUUAUGUCAGCUACUGGACUUGGUGAAACCAAAGAAUCCAGACUUCAUAACGUUGCAUGAUCUCAAGAACUGCAAGCUGGCUUACAUCUUCUUUGACACGCUCUUUAACUUGGAGAAAUUCUUGGAACAUGAGCAGAGGGAUCCUUUCGCAAGCAAUAGAGACUAUGAGACCGAGGGUCCAGAGCCGACAGACUGGGAGAAGUACGCUGCCGAGGAAUACGAGAUGCUGGUAGCAGAGGAAGGAGGACAGGAUACACAACAACACUCACAGCAGGAGGAUGACUGUGACUACACGGACGACUUUGAGCCUGAGGAUGACAUCAUCACCAUCGACCUGCGACAGAAGGCCACCAUCUCCGAGCCAGGGGCGGAGCCACCGCAGAGGAACAAGUGGAUCGGGGAAGGGGGCGACGACUCGGGCAAGGGGUUAUGACGAUCGCCCCCAGACAGUGUGAUUCUGUAACCUUGAUGUACCUUCAUGUAAUAAAGAGCUUCAUUUUUAGGUUUUUUUACAGAUGGCCCCAUCCCUCGUGAAUGGUCACCUCUGAAUACGGCACCACAAAAGUCAGUGCCAGGUUUGGUCAUGUCUUUCAACUAGAAUUCUGUGAGGCUGCGUCAUCAACUGUUGAAGUCUGAAAAGUUGCAAAGACCUGACAACCUUCCUUGGUUUUGAAUGGCUAAGUUGCCCAGGCCACGUGUCUGGCUGUUACUCUGCUAACAACCACCCUAUGUUCUUAUGGAAUUACUGAAAAAGAAACUGACUUGGAUCGAGAUAAAAUGGCCUGAAGAUCAUUAACUAUCACAAUUGAGGUCAAAAUGGAAGUGUUGUGUGGCUGUUCUGACACUCGCCUUUUCCACAACGUGAGGUUCCUCGUACUCGUGGGCAUAUCCUGUUAAUAGGGUCCUGAGCCAA